CGCUGGCCCGGGCUGCAGCGUUUGCGAGGCGAUCUCAGAAGCAGAUCCCACAUCUCUGCACUGUCGGAUCGUUCCCCUUCUUUCCUGGUACCCUCUGCUUGUAUUUAAACGCUGUCCCGGAAAGGAUUCUUCCUGUGUGGUAAAUUGCACCAGCAGAAGACAGAGAGCUGCUGCCCGUACCGGGGAUUGAAGCUUGUGCGGAGCUGCGCUGAGGGGAUCUGAUAUAUGAGCAUUCGGUGCGGCUCGGAUGGUGCAUCUCCUCCUCCUGCUGCUGCAGCGCUGAGACAAGUCGCACAUCGGGGACACUGGGAAGCUUUACCUCCUUCUGCUUCAGCCCCACACGCUAAAUAUUUAUUCUCUGCGGAGAAAUACACUGGAUCUUCUGCCUCCUUCAAUUUAUCUGAAGGCUUUGUGUCGCUCUUUACCUACAAUAACCUGCCCUGUGGAGUUUACAGGAUUCAUCGCCAGUUUGCCCCUUUUUUUCUAUUUAUUAUUUAAAUGAAUGUUUUCGUGCCCCCCUCCCUUCUGUCUGCUGUCAUAUUGAUAUGAAAACACUGCCAGAGGCUCUCAAAUAAAUGGAAUUUCCCCUGACAAAAGGCACAGACGAGGUACACGGCCGAUUUCUGUCGGGUUGAGAUCUUGAAGAGUUCCUGUGGCUUUUUUUUAUUAUCAAAGGAUUUUGUGCUGCUAAUGUGAUCGAUUUGGCAACUCCAUCCUGUUAAAGCUUUAGAACAGUUCCUUUUAAUUUAUGGCUCAUCAUUAAUCUGGAUUGGUGCAAGCCUUCUGUCUAGUACAAAAGUUGACACUUUUAUGAAUGGGGUAUUUUUAAAGGCUGUAGUCACUGAAAGGCUGAAACUCCCAUACUGAUUCCUGUCAGAUGAUACAUUGGAUUUCCCUGGCAGAUAAAGGGAUUUAAUGGAAUACUUCUGAAGAUCUUAUGGCUUGGAUUAAGUUUUAGGGUUGUGCAAAAGACUUGAUCGUUGCCAUUGGACCCCAGGAGCCUGCCUAGGAGAAACUGAAGAUUUAUGUGUGUCCACCUGCCCAGCUGACCACAAGACCAUUUAACCAUGUUGGCCUGUCUUCAGAGAACCCAGAAUCCCCCAGUGAAGCACGUCAUAUGUGCAAAUAAGAGUAUAGAGCCUCGAAAGUGUGAAACAGCAACGCCAAUGCAGAGUGCUCGGUAUCCCAGCCCAGCAGAGCUAGAUGCAUAUGCACAGAAAGUGGCUAAUAACCCCUUGACCAUUAAGAUCUUCCCGACAAACAUCAGGGUUCCCCAGCACAAGCACCUAAAUCGGACUGUGAAUGGUUAUGACACUACAGGUCAACGAUACAGCCCUUACCCAAUGCACACAGGUGGAUAUCAAGGUCUGCUGGCCAUUGUGAAAUCGGCUAGCAAGAGCGUGGUAAAAAAUCCGGAGGGUAAACGGACUAAAAUAUCUUCUGCACAGGCUGGUGUUGCUCCAUACCCAUUGUCAAGCACUUUAACUCAAAGCCAAAACUGCAAUGGACAGCUAAGUUAUCUUGGAAGUCAGAAGCAUCUGGAUGCACCAGUUCCUCCCAAUGUCACAGUGGCAGCAUCCGUCAUUCCACUAAGCAGCAGAAAUUUGGCACUUCAACAGUCUAAUUUGCCCUCUAUCCAGAGUAUAAUUUACCAGAUUAACCAGCAGUGCCAGGCUCAGGCCUCUCACCAGGCCUGCCAAGGGGUAGUGGUUACGAAUUCUAGUCCAUCAAAGCAGGGAAUGGCUAAUGGCUUCACUUCCAUGACCGGGAAUGCUGUUGCCUACUCUGGGACUGUUUUGCAAGACUGCAGAGGAGGCAGCGAACUUGCUCUGGGUUCUGCUCCUGUAGUAACUAAAACUGGAUCUUACCAAGAAGGCAUGGACUAUCUGAUUUGGCAACAGAAGCAGCAACAACUCCGAAUCUAUAGUGGGGGCAGUGGUGGGGGUGGGGCAAUCAGCAAAUCUCCUGAAGUUUGCCCUGGAGUGCCCCGCACUUAUACUCUUGCUAGUGCUGUUGAAAAAGUCAGCUCCUCUCCUUUAAACUGUGUUGGCAUGCAUGGUAACUUUUCUGUCGGGCAGUAUUUUGCCCCUCCUUGGAACAGCAUCUUGGUCACACCCAACAGUGACUGUUACAAUCCACAGGAACUUGCCAACGGGCACAGAGAUUUGGGAGUACAUCCUUCAGAUGGGUUAACCAGUAUCCCCAGCAAGACCCUUUGUAAUACCUCUAUACUAAGCAGUAGCCUUCAGUCUUUGGAGUAUCUUAUCAAUGACAUUCAUCCACCCUGUAUCAAAGAGCAGAUGCUUGGCAAGGGUUAUGAAACAGUGUCUGUGCCAAGGCUUCUAGAUCAUCAGCAUGCUCACAUUCGUUUGCCUAUCUACAGAUAGAAAGCCCUGCCCUUUUCUCUUAUAAAGUGAUCAAUGGUACACUGGUUCUGCAUACUAACUUAUGCUAUUUAGCUUGAAAAGGCAUGUUUCAUAAGGGCAGAGGGCAAGGCUUUUGGAUGGGUAAACUGCACCACCACCACCAGGAGUGCAGAGUACCAGGAGCACUCCAGUGGCCAAACUGGUCCAUCUGUUCCAGUGUAAAGUGCACUGCCAGUGCCCAAAUCCCUCUGGCGCCUUAUAUGUUAAUACAGAUCUAGCCAUUUUCUGUAAAUGAAAUGUAAGAGAAUAGCAUGGCCUACACUUGAUUCCAUCACUAUGUCCUGGGCUGCUGUCAUGGUGGGAAGCUGCCAGUUGUACUCACAGGAGUCUGAAUAAAAUCAGGUUCAACUCCC